CUCAUGUAUCUUACUUACUCCUUUCUCAAACCCAAACCCUCAUUCUAAAAAAAUGGGGUCUCGCACUCAGAACCUCUCCUUUCUUGUUGUCCUCCUCCUCGGCUUCGUUGCCGUCUCCUAUGCUUGCGACUGUAACCCUCCUAAACCAUCACCAGCUCCUCACAAACCGCCAAAACAUCCCGUCAAACCUCCUAAACCACCUGCUGUCAAGCCACCUAAACCACCGGCAGUGAAACCACCUACCCCAAAACCGCCCACCGUUAAACCCCACCCUAAACCACCCACCGUCAAACCCCAUCCUAAACCACCCACCGUCAAACCCCAUCCUAAACCCCCGACCGUCAAACCCCAUCCUAAACCACCGGCAGUAAAACCACCAACCCCAAAACCGCCCACCGUCAAACCUCCCCACCCCAAACCUCACCCUUACCCGAAACCUCCCAUCGUGAAACCGCCUACCAAGCCUCCUCCAUCCACUCCUAAACCGCCCACCAAGCCUCCCCCGUCCACACCUAAACCACCUACGACCAAGCCUCCUCCGUCCACCCCUAAACCGCCCACCAAGCCUCCACCCGUUGUAACGCCGCCUACACCGUGCCCCCCAACAACACCAACACCAACCCCUCCCGUCGUAACGCCACCAACACCAACCCCUCCCGUCGUAACACCGCCAACGCCAACUCCACCCGUCGUAACUCCGCCAACACCAACCCCUCCCGUCGUAACACCGCCAACACCAACCCCACCCGUCGUAACACCACCAACACCAACCCCACCGGUCGUAACACCGCCAACACCAACACCACCCGUCGUAACACCGCCAACACCAACACCACCUGUGGUAACGCCACCAACACCAACCCCACCUGUGGUAACGCCGCCAACACCAACUCCUCCUAUUCCCGAGACUUGCCCAAUUGACACGUUGAAGCUAGGAGCGUGUGUGGACGUUCUUGGAGGUUUGAUUCACAUCGGGCUUGGGAAAAGCCACGCCAAGGAAGAGUGUUGUCCAGUUUUGGGAGGCUUACUUGACCUAGACGCAGCCGUUUGUUUAUGUACCACUAUUAAAGCCAAACUUCUCAACAUCAACCUCAUUCUUCCCAUUGCUCUUGAGCUUCUUCUCGACUGUGGAAAAACUCCACCCCCUGGCUUCAAGUGUCCCGCUUAAUCAAUGUAAAGAGUUGAGAGAGUCUAAGGUUUCGUUACUUUUAAAAAUUUGUUGGUUCAUUAUCUCUUUUGGUAAUGGGAGGUUUAAAUGCGUGUGCGCGACCUUGAAUUUCAUGUUUCAUUUAAUACAAUAAAAAAAGGGGCUUGUAAUUUGGGUUUGAGAUCUCAAUUUCUUUACGUUUUCAUGUUAUGUUGUACUUUUAAGAGGAAGAAAAAACUGUAAAACGAUAUAACUUUUUUCUAAUAUAAACAAGUUUGUAUC